UGGAGCUGUUGAAUUUGCUCAGACCGCACAAGUCUUCACAAGUCGUCACAAGUCAUCACGAUCGUUCGCAUCCUUUCGCCAUUUGCACUCCAUUGUUCGCCCUUCUUCCGGUGCCAUGAAAUUUCUUGGGGUGAUACUUGCGUGGCCAUGUGUUCAAGCAGUCGACUGCCCAGAAGGGUAUGGGUAUGAUUCUGCCACACAAACGUGCUUUGAGUGUGAAGCUGGCACAUACAUGAGCUAUGAAAAUACAACAGAGAAUCUCACAUGGUCUGUUGGCUGUCGACCAUGUUUGCCUGGUGAAUUCAGCGGAAUGGGUGCCUCAUUCUGCUCGACUUGUCCGGCUGGUCGAUACAGCUGGGCUCAAUCUGCAAGCUGCAGCUUUUGCGCACCUGGAACAUACGGCUUGUCUGGUGUGAGAGAUUGCACUCUUUGUGCUCCUGGGCGUUUUGCAGGUGCUGCAGGUUUCUCUGCGUGUUUGGAGUGCGAUCCAGGCACUUAUAGCACCAGCUACACGGGAGCAAUGAGUUGUACAGAUUGUCCAGUAGGUUCUUGGAGCCCUUCUGGUUCUACACGUUGCACUGCUUGCAGAUCGGGUGAGUUUUUGGAUGAGAAUCAAACAUGCAGCAUUUGCCCAGCUGGCUACUUCAGCAUCCAAGGGGCAACAGGUUGUACGCGUUGCUUGCCCGGGUCACGCAGUGAUGCAGGUGCUAAAGAAUGCAUACCCUGCUCUCCGGGAAGUUUCAUCACAGCAGAAGGUGCUUCAGGUUCUUGCCAAGAUUGUCCAGGAGGACGUUUCAGUAGUAUGGGCUCCACUUCCUGUGAUGUCUGUCCAUUUGGUCACAGCAGUCUGACAAGAUCAGAGAGUUGCAUCCCGUGUCCAACAGGGCGCUAUGUUCAAAAUCCGGCGGCACCUUGUGCAGUUUGUCCAGCGGGAACGUUCAGCACUGGUAGGACUGAUAGUUGUACUGCAUGUGAAGCAGGCCAAUACAGCACAGCUGGCUCCGGAGUUUGCCAAGACUGCAAAAGUGGUACGUUCAGUGGAGUUGCUUCCGAGUCAUGCUUGGAAUGCCCAGCUGGUUCAUUUAGUAGCACUGCUGCGGCAGAAUGCCAAACCUGUCCAUCUGGUUCACGCAGCACGGCAGGUUCUGAAAAGUGUGAAGCUUGUGAUGCCGGGAAGUUUGUAGUUUUUCCUGGAGACCCAAACUGCGAAACGUGUCCUGCCGGCACCGCAAGCACCAGAGGCUCUUCACAGUGCACUCCCUGUGAAGAGGGCUUCUACAGCCCUGCGGGUGCACGUGAGUGCUUUCAAUGCGCACCUGGCAAAUUCACUGCUGAUCAGUUCAAAGGGAUUCAUUGCGUUGAUUGCCCGGCUGGUACUUGGAGCAGCUUUGCAUCGAGCAGUUGCUCUCCGUGCCCAGCAGGCACAAGAAGUGACAUCUCAGCAGGUGCGUGUGAGACCUGCCCUGCAGGAACGAUUAUGGUGAGGCCAGAUCAGCCUUGUGAAACAUGUCCUGCUGGCACAUUCAGCAAUGCUGGUGCAGUUGUUUGUGAAAGCUGUGAAGCUGGCACGUUCAGCAAUGCGUCCUCAAACCAAUGCUUUGACUGCCCUCCAGGAACGAUCAGCAGUAUUGCAUCAUCUUCUUGCUCAGAUUGUUCCAGCGGGAGAUAUAGCCCCAGAAGAGCCGCUCUUUGUUCCCAGUGCCCAGCAGGCACCAUCAGUGGCCCGGCUUCUGCAGUAUGCUCAGCAUGUCCCGAUGGAACAUUCAGUGGAGUAGCAGCGGAGAAUUGCACAGAGUGUCCAGCAGGCACAUUCAUUCUGAGCCCUGAGCAGACAUGCCAGACUUGUGCCGCUGGUCGCUUCAGCGGAGUUGCCUCAACAGCCUGUGAAUCAUGUUUGCCAGGCACGUUCAUCACAGACCCAGCUUCAAACUGCGAGGACUGCUCCCGCGGCACCUACAGUGGGGUUGAAGCCACAUUUUGCCAUAUUUGCAACAAUGGCCAGUACAGUCCGCCUGGUGCACGUUUUUGCUCGGAUUGCCCCGCUGGGACAUUUUCUGAACAGCCCAACAAUACUUGCAGUGAUUGUCCAGAUGGCGAGUGGAGCAGCGCUGGCUCGCCUCAGUGCACUGAGUGCAUCCCUGGUCGCUUUCGGGCGAACCAGUCAGGUUGCACUAGUUGUCCACCAGGCACUCGCAGCGGUCAGGCAGCAACUGAAUGUGAUGAGUGCCCAGCAGGACGGUUCAGCAGAGGGUCAGCUUCCAGUUGUGAUAUUUGUGCUGCUGGAUUCUUCAGUGAUGCUGGUUUUGGCGCUUGCUUUCCGUGUCCUCCUGGAAGCUUCAGUGAAGUUGAGUCGCAAGAGUGCAGCAUUUGCCCGGCUGGCACCAAGAGUAAGACCCAAGCUGCUAGUUGUACAGCGUGCCCGGUGGGAAAGGUGAGCGCUGCAAACUCGAGUCGGUGCACCACUUGCCCGCAUGGAAGAUACGCACCAACUCCAGAUGCAACCUGUAUGAAAUGCCCAGCGGGUACGUGGAGCAAUCCGAGAUCUUCCGGCUGUACCGAAUGCCAACCUGGACGUUGGAGUCAUCCCGGCUCACGGGAUUGUGCUGCUUGCCCUCCAGGCACCUUCAUUGUGGAGGGAAAUUCGACUUGCCAGCCAUGCCCUCACAGACAUUGGAGCUUUGAAGCCUCUGAUGGCUGUGCUCCACUGGGUUCGGGUGCCUGGAAUACACUUCGUGUGCAGAACUUGCAUGAUGACUCCUCCAGGCUUCCAGAUGGCGUCGGUCUGAAUCGUUGGUUUGAGAUUCGACCAAGGGAUCUUUCAACUGAUUUUUGGACCAAAGAGUCGAGGGAGGAUGCGCCUGACUUGUGAA